AUGUCGAGCUCAUAUCCACAUACGCCUUCGGCUGAAGUCAACGAGGCUGGUGCGGUUAACGAGUUCCUGACGGCAUACAAUCAUCAAAGGGCUCCAAACUCCUUGACUGAGAUCUAUGGCCCCGAUCUACAGCCGCAGGCAUCCAAUGAGAGGCAUAGACAGAUAGAGUCGGAUACAGAGAGUCGUGUGUUUGACUAUGGCAUCAUGGGUCGCGUGGAAAGCCUGCGGAACCGUCGUGAGAGCAACAUCCCCGAGGACCUCCUGCUGGGCUUGGGGAGCUCAGCGCCCAGAGAACCAAUGCCAUCGAUCCUGGAAAUGGAAGUUGAGCUCUCAGUUCCUCGUAAGGAAUUCGCAGGGACGUUGCGGAAGGCCCUCGAGAGCGCCGUGGUCGAAUAUGCUUCUGAUGAUACCAAGAACUUCCUACCUCUGGGCCAGCUGGAUGCCAAAUGCCACAAAGUUGCUGUGCGUAGGGAGCUUUGCAAUACAUUUGGAGACGACUCACCUGACAUUGAGAGGUAUGUUGACUACAUUUUUGGCAACCCAAGCGAUCCGAAGAAUGUGGAAAACUCGAGUCGCAAGCUAUUCGCUAUCUUGGUCCUCAUUGAGCAAGUCAGCAAGAUCAGGGACUUCGCGGACGGCGGCAUCAUGGACAGACACUUGCCUUUUCGAAAAGAACCUAGCCCAGGGGGCUUCAGCCUGGUCAGGAGAGCCACAUGGAAGAGGUCAGAGUCUGUCACGAUGUCUUGCUUCGAUGACUGGGAGCCAGUCCCCAAGAGACACUUCUGGGAACGGCAAUGGAGUCUUCUCGCUCCUUACAUUGCCAAAGCACAAGACAGAUCCGUCGCGCUUUACGAACUCGACCCGCAAGCCAUCAUGCCCUGGACAGGAAUGGACGAGACCAAGGCUGAAGAGUCCUCGGCCCAUGAUCAAGUUGGUGGAUAUUCGACGGUCUCCCGGGUCGCAAUACAUCCAGAUCAUCAUGACUUUGCUCAUGAAUGCAACUGGUUUGCGAUCAAAACUCUCAACUCACCAGAUGAAAUUGCCUUCAAGAAAGAAUUCAACAACCUCAAGAGGUUUGAAACGCGAGAGCACUUGCUACAGUUAUAUGCUGCCUUCAAACGCGGCAAGAAGUACUCGUUUUUGUUCCCGUGGGCAGAUGGUGGAAGUCUAAGAGAGCUGUGGGCCAAAGACCCUCGCUUGCUGGCACUGAAAACUGAACGCGAGGACACCGAAGUCGAUGAGUCGGAUCGAAACAGAUCAGCCCUGCUAUGGGUCGCACACCAGCUUGUCGGAUUGACAGGGGAGACCGGACUUGCUGGCUUGCAUGAAACCAAACGACUGGGGCCAUCGCAACCCGGAUUGACCGUCUCUAACAGCCCAGAAGAAUAUGGCAUCCACGGAGACAUCAAGCCAGAAAAUAUUCUACACUUCGAGCAAUUAGCCGGAUUGGGUGUGCUCAAGAUCUCGGAUUUUGGCUUGACCGCCUUCCACUCAGUCCACUCGCGAUCACGCCUACCACCGACCGGACCUAUGUCACCGACUUAUCGGGCCCCGGAGUACGAGGUCAAAACGCAGUAUCUAUCAAGGAAGUACGACAUCUGGUCCCUGGGCUGCGUUCUAUCUGAGUUCAUGACCUGGUUCAUCCUUGGGACAGCGGCUAUUGACCAUUUCGUCAAGCAGCGUUUGCAGGAAGAAGACGAGGGCGUCACUAAAGGGAAAUGGAAAGAAGAUCGGUUCUUCAAGAUAAUUAAUGGAACAGAGAACCAAAGAAGCACGGUCUCGAAAGCAUCCGUUGAGUCGUGGCUAGAUGAACUUUCUGAUGCCGUUAACGGAGAUAACUUCCUUUACGACUGUAUUCAGUUCAUAAAGCAUCGGAUGCUAGAGGUCGACAGUCAGAAGCGCGCUGACUGUCGUGAGGUCCAUACAUUCCUGUCAGGUUGUUUGGAUCGUUGUGACCGAGAUAUGCGCUAUACCGAUAUAAAACUACCACCUGUUGAGCCUCAUGUGGAGACCAACCUCCCUAUGGAUCCCGAGGUAGAGGAAAACCAUUCCAUGAACCUAGCAUCGCCACCGUCGAUACAGGUCACUAGUUUCGAGACGGCUGAUUUUCACAAAGAACGCAAAGCGCCUGGAGCUGAUUUGAACACGAGUUUACAGAACACUUCAAGGAAUUCGUCGGGUGUGAUAGGAGGCCGGCGAGCAGAUUUUGACUCGAUCACGGAGCGCGAAUGUUCUUAA